UUCUGAUUACGACUUCUGCGCGCGAAUAGCAACGCCUCCAAUAUGUUUGAACUAUUUGUUUUCUUUUUAUUUGUUGUACACAAGUGAUCGAUACAAUUGACGAUAACGAUUGUUUGUUCAGAUUUAAACAUCUUAUUUUGAUGGUCUUCAAGCUUUGUGAAUGACGUUCCAAUUCGAGCAGGCAUCCAGUCUUCAUUUGGGUCUCGUGCACCAGUGAUUUUGGCCCCUUGCGAGCUCGACUUUUAAACCUGUUAAUGUUGCUUGCUAGUUCUAGAUAAUAUAACAAACCAAGUUAUUUCCGAAAGGAAAAAUAUUAUAUUGGCGGACCAAUAAGGUUGACCAUGUCGAAAGGAGAUAGAGAUGGCUUCGUUGUGAAGUUUGUAGAAGUCAAUGGACGAAAGACAGAACUUGCUGUCAAGGCCUAUGAGGCCAUAAUGGCGCUCCAGUCAGAGAAUUACUUGAAGAACAUUGAUGAGGAGACUGCAUUACAGAUGGACCGUAAUGACAAGUCUCUAUUUGUCUUCAGUACCUUUUCCACUCCAGCCUUCCACCACUGCACAAAGCUGGGCUGUCGAGUGGUGAGUCCACUAGUGGUGCUCUUCUGCCUGCAGCAGCAGCGCUGCGUUCCCAAAGCAGAGCAGCCUGUCUACAACAUGGCCAUGGCUGAUGUCACCAUCUCCUGCACCAGUCUGGACAAGGAGGCUAGGGCUGACGUGAUGGAUCUGGUACAGCUGAUGGGAGGGCGGGUCUAUCGGGACCUUAACGUGUCUGUCACUCACCUGGUUGCUGGGGAGGUGGGCAGCAAGAAGUACCUGGUGGCCGCCAGCAUGGAGAAGCCCAUCUUGCUGCCCUCCUGGGUCAAAACCUGCUGGGAGAAAUCACAGGACAGCCUGUUCAGAUACACUGACCUGCCCAUAGAGGACUACUUGUGCCCUGUGCUCUGUGGCUGCACCGUCUGUGUCACAGGCCUCUCAACGGUGGAGCGUAAGAAGGUGCAGAGGCUCUGCCAGCUACACGGGGCCAGCUACACCGGACAGCUCAAGAUGAACGAGUGCACCCACCUCAUCGUCAGCGAGCCCUCGGGUCAGAAGUAUGAGUGUGCGCAGAAGUGGAAUGUCUUCUGUGUGUCUCUGCACUGGCUGUUUGACAGCAUCGAGAAGGGCUUCUGCCAGGAUGAGAGUCGCUACACGGUGGAGCGAGGGGAUCAGAAAGACAGCAAACCCCACACCUCUACCCCGACCGGGACCAGCAAGAAGAAAGAGGAGAGUGCGUCUCUACUGGGCUUGAGCCACAUUUCUGUGAACAGCAGCAUGACGGUGAAUGACACGGCCUUGACCAAUGCCACGCUCAGCCGGCUGGACACACCAGACCCUAUCGACGCUCUGGACAUCACAGUCGGCCCCGCAGACGACUUGCUGGACGGCUGCAAGCUGUACCUGUGUGGGCUGCCAGGGAUGAGGCUGGAGAAGCUGCGUCGCCUGGUCAACAUGGCCGGGGGCCUGCACUUCAACCAGCCUAGCGUGGAGCUCACCCACGUGGUCAUGGGAGAGACUGACCAGGAAACCAAGACCUUCCUGGCCAAAGCCACACACAGGCCCCAUGUCGUGACGGUGCAGUGGCUGCUGGAUAGCUUCUCCAGAGGCGGCCUGCUCUCCGAGGGGGACUACCACCACCCGGCUUGUCUGCCCCCCGCCUCUUCAAACGUGGCCAUGCCUGCCCCCCGCACCUCCGCUUCCCGUCCCUCCUCCACCACCUCGGCUGCCCCCCUUGCCCACGAACCAGCUACCCCUCGACACAGGAAGGCCGAGGAGGACAUGCUCUCUCAGUACAUGGAUGACGACCAGACAGUGGUGGAGAUGCCUCCACCAGCUGACAGCAGCAUCCACAGGAGGCAGAGCUCUAUAGCACCAGAGCCCUGGGUCUCAGCCCCAGACCAGGCUUCUACUAUAGCCGAAGGUGGGGCCGGCGCUGACACCACCCUGCAGGAGGCCAGUGAGGCGGGCCUGUUUGCGGGGAAACGCUUCCUCCUGGUGGGCUUUGGGGCUGAGGCGGAGGCCCAGCUCUCCAUGCUGGUGACGGAGAACUGUGGGAAGGUCCUGGUGGGGCGCAUGCGGGCCGUGGCUGACUACGCUGUGGUGCCCCUGCUGGGCUGCGAGGUGGAGGCCACUGUGGACGAGGUGGCCACUGAUACCUGGCUGGCUAUGUGUGUGGAGCAGCAGUGUGUGUUAGAGCUGGGCUCCCACCCCUUGUUCAGCCCUGUGUCAGUGAUGGAGGGCCGCUCCCCUCUCAGAGACUGUGUUCUCUCAGUCAGCCAGUUCACCGGGGCGGAGAGGGAGUCCCUGGUAGAGCUAGCCAAACACCUGGGAGCCAGUGUCCAGGACUACUUUGUGCGCAUGGCCAAUCAGAGGAGGGGCAUGCUGGCUAGUACCCACCUGGUUCUGCAGAGCCCUGAGGGCACCAAGUACCAGGCGGCCGAAAAGUGGGGGCUGCCCGCCGUCACCCUGCGCUGGGUGCUGGAGUCUGCCAGGACGGGCCGGAAGGCAGAAGAGGGGCGAUACCUGGUGGACUUGCCCCGUUCUCCAGAGAGAGAAGAGGAGAGUUUUGUGGGCGGUUCGCAGAAGCAAUCCAUGCCCCCUCCACCAGCCCGUAACAAGUCCCCAGAGAUUCCCCUGCUGGGUCCCCAGAGCGGGGCGGCCGUCACCCCCCUGGACACGCGCCGUUUCCAGAGUAAGGUGUUCCGCUCCGUGCUGGACCAGGGCCAGCUAGACAAGGACUGUACCACCCCGGGAGGUCAAGAGGGGGACAGGAAAGCAGCGGGGCAGAAAGAAUCCCCAGCGCUGCCGUUGGACACCCCCUCACGCUUCCUCUGCCGAGACCAGCUCUUCAGACCCACCUUCAAUGUCAAGGCUGCGUUAGCGGCGUUGGACACACCAGGGGGCAGGCCACAGCAGAGUCAGAAGGUCGUGACCCCGCUGUCAGAGGUCAUCGGGAGGAACCUGAAGGUGGCCCUGGCCAACAGCACCCGCACCCGCAGCCACGACCCUGACCUCCAGGCCUUCACAGCCAGCCCCCAGCUCAGCAAGGAGACACACAGAGCGGUGGAGGAGGAGGCUGCUGCCCUGACUGGUGUGGUGAUCUGUGUGAGUAAGAAACUGAGCAAGAAGCAGAGUGAGCUCAACGGCAUCGCUGCCUCACUGGGAGCUGACUUCAGGUGGUCGUGUGAUGACACAGUGACGCACUACAUCUACCAGGGUCGUGUGGGGGACAACACGCGGGAGUACAGGGCUGUGAAGGAGAGAGGGGUGCAUGUUGUGUCCCAGCACUGGCUUCAGGCGUGUGCUGAGGAUCAGAGGCACGUGUCGGAGUCUCUCUACCCGUUCACCUACAACCCCAAGAUGAGCCUGAACCUCAGCCAGGUGCCUCCUGACAGUAGCCAGAGGUCUCCCCCUGCCACCCGCACCACAAAACUCGGAGACCUCACUGAGGCCCAUGAGAACAGGCCUGAAGAUAAUGCCGUAGAAGACGCCACAAACUCCCAUCACGUCAGAGAAGGAGAGACUGAUCAAGAGCAGGGCCGGGACAAUGCAGAGAAGAAAGACCUGUCAGAGACCCUGGAGAUGAGGGAGAACCUCCAGAGGCAGCUGCAGGAAAUCAUGUCAGCCACCAAGAAGACCACCAGCAGGCGCUCUUCGGCCCGCCUAGGCUCCGUGGGGACAGACUUUCAUCCCCAUACCCCUGGCCGCAACGCAAAUGUCCGACGCACUCUGGAAGCACUGCGGAUGUCUCGUCAGGCAGCAAUGGACCUGAACACAGAGCCGUCUCAGAGUGAGCAGAUCGUGUGGGAUGACCCAACGGCCCGGGAGGAGAGGGCCAAGCUGGCUGACAACCUGCAAUGGCCCGGCAGCCCAUCCCAGCACUCUGAGCCCCUGGCUGUACCUCUAGCAGCACCUCUAUCCCACUCUGACAAUGCCGGAAACACACUUCGGGACUCCAUGACCGAUUCUGAAAUGGUGGAAAUGGUGGAGUGUGACGUGAUUGACCAGCAGAUAGGUGAGAGGGUGAUGACCGUGCCAGGGGAGGAGCCUGACCUCCUCACCCCUAAAGCCCCCAGCAUCGCCUUCCCCCUCGCCAACCCCCCCGUGCCCCCAGAGCCACAGAUGGAAGAGGAGAGUGAGGCGGAGAAGGAGCCGCCUCGGUUCCAGCUCUCCUCCCUCAACCCACAGGAGAGGAUAGACUACAGUGCCCUCAUAGAGGAGCUGGGGGGUGUGGUGCUUGACAAACAGUGCUUUGACCCCAGCUGCUCCCACAUCAUCGUGGGGAGCCCCCUGAGGAAUGAGAAGUACCUGGCAGCCAUGGCCUCCGGGAAGUGGAUCCUGCACCGUUCCUACCUGGAGGCCUGUCGCUCCGUGGGACACUUUAUCCAGGAGGAUGCGUACGAGUGGGGCAGUAGCUCCAUCCUGGAUGCCCUACCCUCCAUCAGCUCCCAUCAGAAGAGGCUGGCAUUGGCUGCCAUGCGCUGGAGGAGGAACCUGCAGGACCAGAACAACCUGGAGGGAGCGUUCAGCGGUUGGACCGUCAUGCUAAACAUCGACCAGACCAGAGAGUCAGGGUUCAGACGACUACUGCAGUCUGGUGGAGCAAAGGUUCUCCCCAGUCCCUCUCCAUCUCUGUACAAGGGAACCACGCACCUGUUUGCAGAAUUCAGUCGGUUGAAGCCGGGAGACUUCCGGGUGGAUGUACCAGAGGCCAUGUCCCAGGGAGUCAAAUGUCUGAAGCCAGAGUUCAUCGCAGAUUACCUCAUUCAGGAGCCGUCUGCACCAAUAGAGAUGUACUAUCUUCCUCAAGCGGCCCAGUGUCUGCCAGCGGGCGCAGACGUCAGCCGCACCACCCCGUCCCACAAGCGCAAAGUAUCAGGAGAUUCCUCCAAGCUCAAGAAGACCCGCCUCAAGUGAGAACAUCGGCAUUUAGAGCUGUGGUGUCAACAAGUAAAUUCCAUCAUUUUAGAAACGCCUUUGCAAGCCUUAAUGAUAGUAUGUCUGUAAAUAAGAUACAUUUUUUUAAAUUAGUUGUAUGAAAAUAAAAUGAAUGUGACAAA